UUUCGGACUUCUUUUAGGGACGAGGAGGACGAUUUUUAAAGUUCGAUUAAAGUUCUUUCCUGCCAGACUUUCCAUCGGUUCCCCACUGAAGUCCGCCAGCCCGUGGGGCCCGCAGCCGGCUCAGCAGCAUCCUUCGGUGCCCUUCGGUCCUUCCAGGAUGACAUAAGACCCGGCUGGCCCUUCCCGGCCCGGGCGGAGGGUUUCGGCUCCUCCUCCAGCUCCAGGCCUGCCGAGACUGCCCCGGGAAGCCUCCAAGAUGGAGCCUCUCGCAGCGACUCCGUUGAAAUACUCCAUCCCCAAGGCCAGGCUGAUUGCCGUUUUGUUGUCUAUGGUCCUGUGCUCGGUGACCUUGCUCCUGCUGCAGCUGAGGUACCUAAAGCCUAAAAUCAAAGACUUCUAUUCUUUUGAAGUGAAGGAUUCAAAGGGAAGGACUGUUUCUUUGGAGAAGUACAGAGGCAAAGCUUCACUGAUUGUAAACGUGGCCAGUAACUGCCAGCACACAGACAGAAAUUACUUAGCGCUGCAGGAGCUGCACCGAGAGUUUGGAUCGUUCCACUUCAACGUCUUGGCUUUCCCGUGCAAUCAGUUUGGAGAAUCCGAGCCCCGCCCCAGUCACGAAAUAGAAGCUUUUGUAAAAUCCAACUAUGGCGUAACUUUCCCUAUUUUCCACAAGAUUAAGAUUCUAGGAUCCGAAGGAGAACCUGCAUUUAGAUUCCUUAUUGAUUCAUCAAAGAAGGAGCCAAGAUGGAAUUUUUGGAAAUAUCUUGUCAAUCCUGAGGGUAAAGUUGUGAAAUUCUGGAGACCUGAGGAAUCCUUGGAAGCCAUCAGACCAGAUGUGGCAGCUUUAGUUAGACAAAUUAUCAUUAAAAAGAAAGAAGACCUUUGAAACUGUCAUUAAGUAUAUGAAUCUAAAGCAGCAGUGAGAGCAUCAAAAUGUCUAAAUGUCAUUUUGGUUAUUUAUCUUAAAUCAUUCCAACAAUUCUAGAACCCAAUUAAAUAUGAUUAAAUAUGAUCUCUAAGUGGAAGAAUGUUAUCUCUAAGUGCCCAGGAUAUAGAUGUUCCUCUCUCUCCUUGUCCCUCAUCCCAAAGAGAUUUUUCAAGCUGGACAUAAAAUCAAAAUUAAAUAUAGCCUCAUCAAAAAGUUAAAAUUCAGAGUGCUUCACCACCAAAGCUCACUACUAUCCAUUUAACAUGAAACUUUUAUGUGUUUAUAAUCGAUGGAUUAAAUACAUACUACCCCACUGCUAUGUAAAGGACAAUUAAAUUUGAACAAUAUUACUAAAAAUUUUGUAUGAUCAGUAUAAGCAGAAGAGAGGUAUUGGAGGUAUCAUAGUACCUAAGAUAAAUGUUCAAUCUUAUGCAUUUUCAAAUUUGUAAAUAAAUUUUUAAGUAGAAUUCUUCUUCCAUCUUUUGUCCAAAUAUGUCCAGCUCUUCAUGACCCCGUUUGGGAUUUUAUUGGCAAAAGAUACUAUUUCCUUCAGCUCAAAAGGCUUAAGAGACAUGCCCAGAAUCUGAGUCCAGAUUUGAACUCAAAUGAGAAUUUCUGACUUGGGACUGUCACUUUAUCCACUGAGCUACCUAGCUUCCCCCUCUGGCAUCCUAGUAUUUUUUAUUAUUUUGACAAAUCUGUCACAAUUUUCAUAUCAUAUACUAUUUAGGAACUUUCUAAAUUUUAGUAAAGCAUUUCUCUUAAUUUCCUAACAUUCCUCUAAUUCCACAAGUGGUGCUUAUAUCCAGUCUAUCUACCUUGAAUUUGGAAAAAUAACUGAAAAUAUGUCCAAAUAUAUAUGUAAUGAUUCAAAACAA